CRCUGAAGUGUUCACCUGCUUCUUAAAAGAAAAGGUUCGGUGCUCGAGGUCUUAGUGAAUGAAAGGAGCCAUUGGUUACAAGGAGUAAAUAAAUGCAGCUUCCCACAGCGCCAGGGGCUGCUGGCUCGGGAUGCAGACAGUGCUGUGCCAGGGGCGGAAARUAAAGGUGUGUGGUGAGGUGAGAGCUGCUGAGCAAUGGUGUUUAAGAAGGUUUGGUGUGCCCUAGCCCUGGGAUUUCUGCUGCCUUUCUCUUGUGCCCACACAGACUUCUUCACUUCCAUUGGUCAUAUGACAGACUUAAUUAAUACAGAAAAAGAUCUCGUUGUGUCACUCAAAGAUUACAUCAAGGCAGAGGAAAGCAAGCUGGAGCAGAUAAAAAAAUGGGCAGAGAAGCUGGAUCAGCUGACAGAUACUGCCACAAAAGACCCAGAGGGGUUUUUGGGCCAUCCUGUGAAUGCAUUCAAGCUGAUGAAACGGCUCAACACGGAGUGGGGCGAGCUGGAGAGCCUGGUGCUGAAGGACAUGUCAGAUGGCUUUAUCUCCAACAUGACAAUCCAGAGGCAGUUCUUCCCCAAUGAUGAGGAUCAGACUGGUGCAGCCAAAGCUCUUCUGCGGCUCCAGGACACCUACAACCUGGACACAGACACCCUCUCCAGAGGGAACCUGCCAGGUGUGAAGCACAAAUCCUUUCUAACAGCUGAGGAUUGCUUUGAGCUGGGGAAGAUUGCCUACACGGAGGCUGACUACUACCACACGGAGCUGUGGAUGGAGCAAGCCCUGAAGCAGCUGGACGAGGGAGAAGUGUCCUCUGCAGACAAAGUUUACAUCCUGGACUACCUGAGCUAUGCUGUGUACCAGCAGGGGGACCUGGGCAAGGCCAUGGCGCUCACCAGGCGCCUCCUGGAACUGGAUCCUGAACAUCAAAGAGCAAAUGGRAACAUGAAAUACUUUGAAUACAUCAUGGCCAAAGAAAAAGAAGCUAACAAAUCCAGCACGGAUUCAGAAGACCAGCAGGAGAAGGAAACUGAGGUUAAGAAAAAGGAUUACCUGCCCGAGAGAAGGAAGUACGAAAUGCUGUGCCGUGGGGAGGGGCUCAAAAUGACCCCSCGGAGACAAAAGAGGCUCUUCUGCCGCUACUACGACGGCAACAGGAACCCCCGGUACAUCCUGGGGCCUGUCAAGCAGGAGGAUGAGUGGGACAAACCCCGCAUCGUUCGCUUCCUGGACAUCAUCUCCGACGAGGAGAUYGAGACCGUGAAGGAGCUGGCCAAGCCCAGGCUGAGCCGUGCUACUGUUCAUGACCCUGAGACUGGCAAACUGACCACAGCACAUUACAGAGUCUCUAAGAGCGCGUGGCUGUCGGGGUACGAGAGCCCGGUGGUGUCCCGCAUCAACACCAGGAUCCAGGACCUGACAGGGCUGGAUGUCUCCACUGCAGAGGAGCUGCAGGUAGCCAACUACGGCGUAGGAGGCCAGUAUGAGCCUCAUUUUGAUUUUGGAAGGAAAGAUGAGCCAGAUGCUUUUAAGGAAUUGGGAACAGGCAACAGAAUUGCUACUUGGUUGUUUUAUAUGAGCGACGUGUCAGCAGGGGGAGCCACGGUCUUCCCUGAAGUGGGAGCCAGCGUUUGGCCGAGAAAGGGAACUGCUGUGUUCUGGUACAAUCUCUUCCCGAGYGGAGAAGGCGAUUACAGCACGCGGCACGCGGCCUGCCCAGUGCUAGUGGGAAAUAAAUGGGUAUCCAACAAAUGGCUCCACGAGCGRGGACAGGAGUUCCGGCGGCCGUGCACGUUAUCAGAGCUGGACUGACACAGCCUCACCCCUCCCGGCUGCCACAGGCACCUCCUGCAGUUUACAACUGACUAACAACACACAAACAAACACUCCACUACAGGUUCAGUCCCCGCCUCGCCCCUGUGCAGCUGUGGACAGGACAAACGUGCUUUUGGUUCCCUCCAAAUCCCCCCGAGGUUUUACCAACACAAAGUGUCGAGGUUGACGAGUUUUACUGAAAAAAAAAAAAGGACAAAAUACAGAUGAGGGCCACAACUUACAGCGGUGUUGUGUGUGGUGUUCUUGUCACCCAUCAUCCCUCUGUCAGUGUGGGUUGUGUGCAGUCCUCCUCACACCUGGGUGAUUCCCUGGSAGGGCUCCCUUCUAAGGAAUGCUGAAUUACACCCAUUCCUACUCCUCAACUCUCAGACACUCAGCUCCUUGCUUUCCUAGAGUGCCUGACCACUGCAGGCAUGCUUUGUUUGUCUCUGGAAAACAGGUUAUUACCAUGCUUUAGCCUGGUUUUCCACUUCCACAAAAGCCCCACUUUUUAAACUUGUCUUCCUUCGGAGGCUCUGUGGAGAUUUUGGCUCUUCAUCUUGGCCACAUGAGCCAGCAGUUCCACAGGCAGAGCCAGGCUGCUUGCACUGUGUCAGAGCAGCAGCCACCCUCCAUCUUCCCUCAACUUCUGCAAUGUUUGUCCACACCAACAAAUGCUGCUUUUGUUCUGUCCUGGCAGCCAGCYCUUCCCUCUGCUCCUCGGGCAACGGGCAUGGGGCUGUUUCCAUCUUCAUUAAUCAAAAUUGUCAUGCCUUAGGACGCUGGAAUUUCAAAUUGGUUCUGACWCUUCAGGUGCUGAGGUAACACAAGUCCUCACAGAAGGCUCCCCACCCUCGUCCUCCUCCCAGCUCUUGAGGUUUCAGGAGAAACUCUCAGCCUAUUUAUAAUCCUGAACCUUUUUUAGAUACAGGCUCACUUUCCUGAACCCUUUUGCUUCCACAGCAGGAUUUUUAGUAAAAUAUUCCAUUAUCUCACUAGCAUGAGGACAAAAAUCAAAGGGAGCUGCACCUGCCUCUGCCUAAACAGUCCAAUUUUCUGGAUGAUGAUGAUUUUACUGAUUUAGGGGUCAAGCCUGAAGUCUUUACCAAGGGAAAAAUUCCAAUUUUGGUUAAUUGGAUUUUCUGCCUCAAUAAAACCUUGACAAUUGAGCCAAAACAUAGACAAAACCAAUUGUUAAAUGUGCUAGAAAUACCUCUGGAAUACUGGGAAUGCAGUUCAAGGUACUAUAGUUGGAGGAACUGCAGACAUUCAGAAGACACUUUAAAAAAGUCUUUGCUGGAAAAUAGAUUGUUACAUUUCUACUGAGCCUGGUAGCAACGGGACCCACAGAACUGUCCAUCCAUAGCCCUGUACCUUCCCCAAUUUUGCCUGGCUUUUGGCAGCUGGAAAACAAGCUCCCUGCAUAACUUGAGAACACUGAGUCUGCACCGUCCCUCCUUCCAUCUGUGCUGCUCCUUUCCUGAGAGCAGGARUUGAUCUAAAUAAAUUCACCCCAGACAUCCCCUAACAUUUGUGCCUACCAUAGUUUUCUCCCUUUUUCAUCCAUCUCUGUUCCCAUCCAUGGUUCUCUUUUUGCCAUCUCUUUUAGUUUCUUAAGCUCCAAAAAGGUGGCCAUGGCUGCAGGUCGCUGCCACCACUUCCCUGCAAGUAAAAAGGUCCAAGGAACGGUGUGGUGGUGGGAACCUUGCCUUUGGGGCAUCUAUAAAUGCUUGUAGGGAAGCCAAUCCUACCUAGGACAGGAGCACAAAACAAAAUCCCUGUAUUGCCACAUGAGCAUAUGUGGAAAACAGCUGGAUUUAUUCUUACUCUCCCCUCUCUGUUCAACAAUCACCAGAGGAUGAAUGAAAAGCUGCAGUUGGGGAAUUCUGCUCAGCAGUUCCUCACCUCAAUACCUGUGAGUACUUCCAGUGUUGAACAACAUCAGUGCUGGGGRAGCACAAAUGUUCUGGUGCAUGACUUUUUAAAGCCGUCAGCCACUCUCAGAUAAUUCUUCAGGAAGGAAUUUUCUAUUUUUGAUGGUAGAAAAUUUCACUUGGUUAAAGGAAAAAAAAAUCCCUCAAAAGUACACCUCUCUGCUGAGGCACAUCAGGAAUGUUCCAGAUUAUGACGAAAAGGUCAGUUUAGAUGUUUAAACUGCAGACAAGCCCUGUUUUUUCUCCUUCUACUGCAGUGGUGUCCAUGCACCCAACGCUGACUGUGUAAGGGAUUACAUUGGUGCUGCUGCUUCUGCCUUACCCCCUCAUUUCUCAAAGGGCUUYUGGAUCCCCUGUGUGGCUCCUGUGUGAAUCUAGUUUUGUAUUAAACAUGAUGGAAAACUGUUUGGGCUCACAGUGACUGACAACUGAGAAACUGCCUUACUGUUACAUUUUUUGUAAUAAAAUUUUUAAUGUUUAAAAAGAARUGAACAGGCUUAAAAUAAAAGCCACUGCCAUUAGCAGUGAGAAAUCCUCCA